CUACUGAGCACCAUCUGGAGGUCAGAGACAGUGUGUGUGUGUGUGUGUGAGAGCAGUAGCAGACAGAACGCUGCUCUUUCCUCAGCUCAUCAUGGCGGACGCCAGCAGUAACCACGUCCCUGUUUUAUUCUCCUUUUCCGUGUUUUCACGGCCGGCUUCGGUUCCUCUGGGUUCCGGGUAUGAGCUGCUCGUCCAGAAGUUCCUCUCCAUCUACGGCCCUCAGAUCGACGUGCACCGUAAAUUCCUCAUCCAGGUGUUCUCGGAGGAAUGGGGACAGUACGUGGACCUGCCCAAGGGAUUCGCCGUGGCGGAGAAAUGCAGGUUGCGGUUAAUCCCGCUGCAGACGGACAUCCCUACACUGGGCAACCUUUCUCCAGCCACCACCAUUUUCUUCUGCUGCGACAUGCAGGAACGAUUCAGACCUGCCAUCAAGUACUUUGGUGACAUCAUCAGCGUCAGCCAGAGACUGCUCCAGGGUGCUCGUAUUUUGGGGAUUCCUGUCAUUGUGUCCGAGCAGUACCCUAAAGGCCUGGGGAGCACUGUACAGGAAAUGGAUCUCACUGGGGCCAAGUUGGUCUUCCCUAAAACCAAGUUCUCCAUGGUCCUACCGGAGGUGGAAGCUGCGCUGGCUGAGACUCCAGGAGCCCGAAGCAUUGUGCUUUUCGGAGUGGAGACUCAUGUGUGCAUCCAGCAGACAGCAUUGGACCUGAUUGGGAAGGGGUUCGAGGUGCACAUUGUAGCAGACGCGACGUCCUCCAGAAGCAUGAUGGACAGAAUGUUUGCACUAGAGCGGCUCGCACGUACUGGCAUCAUCAUCACCACCAGCGAAUCGGUCCUCCUGCAACUCAUGGCAGAUAAAGAGCAUCCGAAGUUUAAAGAGAUCCAAAACAUCAUUAAGGCCAGUGCUCCUGAGUCAGGCCUGCUCUCUAAGGUCUGAGUGGCAUUUCCACUCUUGGCUUCGUUUUAAUAUCUCGUAGAGGUUUUGCAGAAAUGCUUCAGCUGUGAUGGGUGUUUUGAAGUUGUAAAGUUACCUCAUAUAUGAAAUCCUUCCAAAUAGUCGUGUUUGUAGACAGUGGUGGACUUUCUCCAGCAUUUACUCCUUAGCUAUGCCGUGCAACAAAACUGCUUGAUCCCAAGUACUUCUUCAUUGUUUAACAGAGUUCCUGCUUUGUAAACCAGACAAAAUGUACAAAAAUGACAGUGAGUUAAAUGAAAUGAGUUUAUUUAGUGUAAUAUUGUGCUGUCGAACGCGAGGACACCACUGCAAGUGUGAAUGUAGUAGGGCUGUAACGAUAUGCGUAUCGAAAUCGCGAUACGCAGAGCCACGAUCCGUAUCGCGAUACAAGAAGGCAGAAUCGCAGUACACCCUUUCAAACUUCUCCUCAGCCCAAAAACAGAGGCGCUUCCAAACUUCAAUUUAUGAAUACUUUACUUUUUAUUUAAAUUACAUUUUAAACUUACUUAAAUUACUUUUUUUUAUAUCUAUUAGUAAGUCGUUUUUUCGCCGACCUGCGACAAUCUUCUGCGAGUCACGCAACGUCCACACUCGCCACUGGCAGAGCAUUCAUUUCUUUUAAGCGGUUGCCAUUCUGGUUGCGACGCGGGGAGCGAAUCUGUAAACAAGCAGCUCAUUGGCUGGCUAGGUGUGCCACAAGCCAAUCACAAUCACUUGACCGGAAAGGCAUGCAGUGUUGCCAGAUUGGGCAGGUUUAGGUGCUUUUUGGCUGGUUUUGAACAUAUUUUGGGGUGGAAAACGUUAGCAAUAUCUGGCAACACUGAAGGCAUGUCUGCUUGGGCGGAAGCCUUCUGCGGCAGUUACAUUUUGACACGCGAGCAAUGUUUCACCAUAAAAAUUCCGUAAUUUCCAUCUGUUUUCCGCGAUCACAGAAAAUCAUUGGCCCUAUGAGAGUGAGACAGUGAGAGAGCCACCCCCCCAAAAAAAAUCUUAACGGAUUUACACGAUUUGGAAAAAUGACUUUUUCAGAACCGAAAAAAACAGAGCUUCCGGCUCAACAGUAGUAUUUUGAGAAAUAAAACAAUCUUUGGAUAUACAUUUGUUCAUUUUUGCAUACAUAUUACUCAUUCUCUGCAGUGGUCUGAAUUAUUUGUUAUUAAAUAGUUAAUGUAAGUAAGUAAAUGUUAAUAAGUCAAAUUUACUACUUUAAAAAAAAAAAUUUUUUUUAAAAAUCGUGGGCGUAUCGAAUCGUGGGUCAAAAAUCGCGAUACGAAUCGAAUCGUGAGUUGGGUGUAUCGUUACAGCCCUAGAAUGUAGCAUAGCCACUCUGACAACCAUAACAGCCUGGAAGUGUGUCUUUACUUUCUGUUCAAGUCUCUAACUUUUUUUUCUUUUCUUCCUAAGCUUUAAGAAUACACAUUCACAGAACCCCCUGAAUUCCUGUACCUUCAAAAUAGCUUCCGAAAUGCAUUUAAAGGGUACCUGUACAGCAUUUAAAUCUGAUCUAGAUCAAUAGUACAAGGCCUAAUUAUAAUAAUGCACACAAGCGCAGCCACCAGAUUAACUGUAAUGAGCUUCAAAGUCCAAAAGCACGCCAAGUUUUAUUGCACAUGGUGACCAAGUUGUCAAUAGCCAGGUAUCGGAAGUUAAGUAUAGCUGAUGUAAACAUACUUGUUAGCCUGGAUUUAGUCAGAUGAAAGAGUUAUCAAGUCAGUAUGGACAGCGGAGAAACCGGAUAUCUGUAUGAACCUCGGGGAGGGAAAGACUAUCCGAAUCUGGUAAAUGGAUAAACCUGGUUUUGAAACGUAUGUCGAACACAAGCCAGCACUGGAAAUGGCCUCUUUACAUGCCAUCGUAGCCAGGCAUGUGAGAGGGACAGCACCAGAUGAAGAACUCACAAAUCGGUAAGCAGCCUAUUAUAUAUUAGAAACUCAGUGUGUAUGCACAUGUUUAUGUACAGUUGUGGUCAGAAGUUUACGUACAGUGACAUGAAUGUCAUCUUGGAUAUCAAUGUCAUGACAAUGUUUGGGCUUUCAGUAAUUUCUUUGAACUGUUCCUUAACUGUGGCGGAAUUAUUGUACAACAUACAUCUUUAAUAAAAAAAGAGUUUGGUGCACAAGUUUAAAUUUUCUUUGGGUUUUCUGAAAUCAAUACAGGGUCAAAAAUUUACAUACGCUCACUUUGAUUAUUAAUUCAGAGGUAGGCCGAGGUCUCUUAACUUCCUGUUAGUGAUCAUGAUUGACUACAGCUGGUAGGUUCUCUUUGCCUUCAUAAAAAGGGUUUGUUUGCAGCACUCAUUGGAUUGACCAACACACAAUAAAAUGGGAAAGUCCAAGGAGCUCAGUGCAGAUCUGAGAAAGAGGAUCGCAGAUAUACACAACUCCGGGAUGUCUCUUGGAGCCAUUUCUAAACAACUGCAAAUUCCAAGAUCAGUUCAAACAAUUGUAUCCAAGUUACUGUGAGGUAUAGUCACUUUGCUUCAAGAAAAUUCAAACUGUCACCCUCGGCUGAAAGUAAAUUGGUUCGGAUGGUCAGGAACAACCUGGGAACCACCAUGGCACAGCCCUGCCAUGAACUGGAAGCUAAUGUAUCACUGUCUACAGUUCAGAUCACCAUGGACUAAGAGGCUGCUAUCAAGAAAUAACCCCCUGCUCCAAAAUUGACACCUUCAAGCUUAAUUAAGUUUGAAGCUGAGCACACAGACAAAUAAAAAAGCCUUCUGGAGGAUAGCUGUAUGGUUAGGUGAGACAAAGAUUGAGUUGUUUGGCCACAAUGACCACCAUGUACAGAGGGACGCUGUACCAGCUGGUGGUGGUGAUGGGCUCAUCAUGCUCUGGGGCUGUUUUGCUGCCAGUGGAACUGGUUCAUUGCACAAAGUGGAUGGAAUAAUGAAGAAGGAGGACUACCUCAGAAUUCUUCAGCAUAAAUCAUCAGAAACUUGAACGUGACUUGGGAAUUACAACAGGACAAUGAACCCAAACACGCAUCAGAGCUGAUUGUGGAGGAUAAAGCAGGCUAACAUUAAGCUUAAAACAAGUCCUGACUUCAACCCUAUUGAAAAUAUAUGGACCGUGCUUAUAAGUCGAGUCCAUGCCAAGAAAAAAAUAAUAAUUGAACUGUACCAAUUCUACCAUGAAGAGUCGUGAAAUAUCCAACCAGAAUUCUGCCAGAAGCUUGUUCAUGGUAAACAAAAAUGUUUGGUCAAGGCAUACAUGUCAGCCUUUGGUCAAUCAAACCUGUAUAACCAACCUCCAAAAUCCGUAUUUCCCUUAUAAAAUCCGUAUAAGAUGCAAAUUAAAAUAAUUUACCUAAAAUUUGAAUGAUAAUUAACAAUAUAUCCCAGUUACUUUUUAUUCAAUAUUAAUAAUAAUAAACCUUCAGAAUGAACACACAGCUCCAAUGUUUGACAAAAACACAAAGUGUUAUCAGCGUAGUUACGAAGGAAAUACUUCGUUGUUUGGAGACAGGUUUCACCGAGCGGCUGUUAUGCGCGAGACUUCAUAUUAGCCACAAAGUCAGAAAAAUCUGUUCGUAAAAUUACGUUAUAAUGACCAAAUACAAUGAAAAGUAUUUUUCCAGUCUCACCUGUGAAAGGUAAUCCCAUGUGAUCUCGUUUGGACGGUAAACCUGUUGGUACAGUUAAACGCAGCACAUGAAUGAGGCAUCUUUAUUCUCGGCUACUGUCUAGACGCUAUACCAGAGACGGGUGAAGAAUCUCCACUUUGCCACAUCCAACAUGGUGGCGAGGAUGACGUAUGAUUCUACGCAGAAGGCGGCGUCUAUGUUUAUCUAUGACUUCCCGGUUGGCGGGAUUCUCACAAUGCAGUGUGCGCAUGAUCAAAAGUGGAACGAAGUCUCACUACCACAAGAUAACGGGCGAUUUCAUAAGACUCUUUACUGGCUGUCUGUGAUGUACAGUACGUUUGUAAAUGUUAUGCGCUCUUUUAUCAUCGUGGGAAUUGAUUAUAGCUCUAAAUAAAUAUUGAAGUUUUUUUAAAGAAUCCGUACAACUUUAUUUAUAUGCCCGUAUACUACGUUUAUUGAAUCAAAUCCGUAUAAAAUACAGACAUUCCGUAUAGGUUGACAUGUAUGUCAAGGUGAAUCUUGCGAAGAGACAUUUUACCCAAAUAUUAGGUGUGCUGCAUGUAUAAUUUUGACCCUGUGUUGAUUUCA